CGUAACGCACGCGUAACGCAGGGUGGUGGUUGAACACGCACAACGUGAGAAUGAUGUUUCCGUAGUCCCGGAAGAUGCGGGGAGAGUGAAAAUCCGGGCGAAAAAAGAGAGAAAAAAGUAAACGUGGUAAAUGCGUGGAUAUACCGUUACGACGUGUUUACGCGCAUAAUAUAGACACGCGCGCGUUACGUGUCCUCGGGAUAACGAUGCUGUUAUCAGGAGGCGAUCGUCGACGGCAUCCUUGAACGCACGUUUGUCGUCGAGCACCACUCCGUUUUCGAGUCUGGAGCCAACGACGGAAUAUAGAGUGAUAUGUUAACCGAAGACAAUGAUCCGACAAAACCAGCAGGGGUUUUAGACAAUGCUGGUAACGUGUCUUCCUCGACUGAAGCCUCGGUACAGCAUCCUCGCGCCGCAAACAAUGAAACCGAAGUUAAGAACGAGGUCCAAGACUGUCCCGAAAACGACAGCGUACCUAGUGGUGAACUGUAUAUUGACGAGAAUGCUGAAGAAAAAGAGCCGGAGUAUCCAGAUUCGAUGGAAAAAGCGGAUUACGGAUCCCUAUACGGCGCCAACCAAUAUUAUAACAGUCUAUACAACUCGCCGCCUUACGGAUCGACGACAGCUUCGAAAAACGCAUCGAGCUUGCAGAGCCCAUACUUAAGCUCUUAUACAUCGUCAAGCUCGAUGACGCAGUAUCCGUCCUAUGCCAGUUACAAUAGCGGGACGACGACCUUCCCGAAUAUGGCGCAAAAUAUAUCAUCGGCUUCCCAGAAAUUAGACUAUAGCGCUUACAGCAGUAGUUUGUACGGAAACGACAGGGUAUCGUUGCAGUACUCCGGAUAUUAUCCUGUGCCUGGUUAUCAUCAUCCACCGCCUACUUCAUUUAAUAUCGGAAACAUUAACUUCGCUGAUUCGACCAAGUCGCUCACGUUAGACGCAACGGCGCACGAUGCGAGCGAUCUGACCGCACGGGAAACCGCAAACAUCGAAGUGGCAACGACGAAGCCAUGCAGACGUGGAAGGAGACAGAGCGGAAGCGGAAACAGUAUCGGUUCUGCGGAUACGACGGAAGCCGGCCCCGAGCGUAUAUUUAUCUGGGAUCUCGACGAAACCAUAGUCGUGUUUCAUUCCCUACUAACCGGACAAUUCGCCACUAAGUACCGUAAGGAUGCAAGCCUUCUAGCUCAAGUGGGUUUUAGGAUGGAGGAAAUGAUAUUCAAUUUGGCGGAUACGCACUUUUUCUUCAACGACGUCGAGGACUGUGAUCAAGUGCAUAUAGAUGACGUUUCGUCGGACGACAACGGGCAGGAUCUGUCAUCCUACAAUUUCGCGACCGACGGUUUCCAGUGCGCGUCCGCGAACAAUGGGAUAUGCUUGGCGUCCGGGGUGCGAGGAGGCGUCGAUUGGAUGAGGAAGCUAGCGUUCCGCUAUCGUAAAAUCAAGGAGAUCUAUUGUAACUAUCGGAAUAACGUGGGCGGCCUCCUGGGGACAGCAAAACGCGAACAGUGGCUACAGCUGCGUUCCGAGAUCGAAAUGCUGACCGACAAUUGGUUGACGUCGGCAGUAAAAUGUCUGAACAUUAUCAACAAGAGAAGCCAUUGCAUCAAUAUCCUAGUAACGACUACGCAACUGGUACCCGCACUUUCCAAAGUUCUGCUAUUUGGCAUCGGCGGAAUAUUUCCUAUAGAGAAUAUAUACUCAGCCUCCAAAAUCGGAAAGGAGAGUUGUUUCGGUAGGGUGGUCGCUCGAUUUGGCCGUAGAUGUACGUAUGUGGUAAUAGGAGACGAUUCUGACGAGGAAACGGCAGCGCGGGCACACAACUUUCCCUUUUGGAGGAUAAAUAGUCAUUCGGACACUCAAGCCCUUUAUACUGCCUUAGAAAUGGGAUUUCUUUAAUCAAAAGCAUAUAUGAAAUAUCAGUCUCUACCAGGAAACAUUUCGGUCGUAUGAAAAAUUGCAUAACGUGUAUCUCUCUGUGCGAUUUAAAAAAAAAAAAAAAUUAACGAAGAAGCUAUGCUUAAC